CAGACCUCACCACCAGAGACCUCAGAUCUCACCACCAGGGGACACCCAGAUCUCACCACCAGAGACCUCAGAUCUCACCACUAGGGGGCUCCAUAACCCAGCACUAAAGGGUAGUAGCCCAGACCUCACCAACAGAGACAUCAGAUCUCACUACCCGGGGGCUCCAGAACUCACCACUAAGGGGUAGUAACCCAGACCUUACCACCAGAGAACCCAGACCUCACCAUCAGAGACGUCAGACCUCAUCGCUUGGGGGUUCCAGACCUCACCACUUUGGGGCACCCAGACCUCACCACCAGAGACCUCAGAUCUCACCACUAGGGGGUCUCCAGAACUCACCACUAAGGGGUAGUAACCCAGACCUCACCACCAGAGACCUCAAAAUCUCACCACUAGGGGGGGGGGGGGUCUCCAGACAUCACCACUAAGGGAUAGUAGCCCAGACCUCACCACCAGAGACCUCAGAUCUCACCACCAGGGGACACCCAGACCUCACCACCAGAGACCUCAGACCUCACCACUAGGGGGCUCCAGACCUCACCACUAAGGGGAAGUAACCCAGACCUCACCACUAAGGGGUAACUCAGACCUCACCACCAGAGACCUCAAGAUCUCACCACUAGAGACCUCAGAUCUCACCACUAGGGGGCUCCAGAACUCAGCACUAAGAGGAAGUACCUCAGACCUCACCACUAGGGGGGGCUCUCCAGACAUCACCACCAGGGGGCUCCAGAUAUCACCCUUCAGGCCGUCCCAGGCCCUGCACACUAGAGGGCAGUAGUCUGUGCGCCGGUGGCCACGCAAAAGUGCGGCUCAAGCAGUGACGGAGCGCAGAGAGGAACCGGAGGAGGAGGUGGUUGGUAGCGUGCAGGCGAGCGAGCUGUGACCGGCUGCAAGAGCCCCGAGGCGAGGAACCGCAGGGUGGGGACGUCACGACUGGAGGAGAAUCCUCUCUUUGAGAGACAGCCAUGCCGGCUCCUCCCCCACCCCCGCCGCCGCCGCCGCCGCCGCCAGCGGCACCGCCACCACCGUCAUUCUCCAAGGCAAACGCUCCGAAGCUCUCCGGCUCGGAGCAGAAGGGGAGGGGGGCCCUGCUGUCCGACAUCCACAAGGGAGCGAAACUCAAGAAGACGGUGACCAAUGACCGGAGCGGCCUCAUUGUGGACAAGCCCAAGGACAGCGGCGGCGGAGGAGGAGGCAGGAUGGGGGGUGGAGGCGGGGGAAGUGGAGGUGGGCCCAUGGGGGGGGGCGGCCCAGGACUUGGAGGGCUCUUUGCCGGUGGAGUUCCGCAACUGCGAGGUGCUGGAGGACGCAGCAGCGGAGACUCGAGCGGAGCACGGGGCCCUCUGCUGCCCCCCUCUGGGAAGCCGUCCCCCUCGGGGUUCGCUCCCAGAGCCGGUGGACCCCCCUCCAGCGCAAGCCCACGGCUGCCGGCCUUCACCCCCUCCCGCCCCAGCUUCAAUGCCCGUUCAUCGUCGCCGUCGCCGUCGCCCUCUGCGACCCCAGAGCCUCCGCGCUUUCCCAAGCCUCUGCGCUCGAGCAACCACAGCAGCGGCAGAGGCGGCGCCGCGAGCCCCGAGCAGCCGAGGCCUCCGCUGGGCCUCCAGAAGCCGGGCUUCCCGAAACCGCAGCUGCAGCCCCAGCCCCCUCCGCCGCUGGUGCCGUCGCAAAGCUUCAAGCCGACGCCGUUCGGCAGCAGGCCAAGCCUCCCCGCUCAUCCCAACGACAGCACUUUGGCCGCUUCCACGCCUCCCAGAAGGUCCUCUGCACACAGUUCCUACAGAUCCCCCGGACAUGGGCACGCUCCGGAGAAGCCAUCGACGGCGUCACCCCUCAAGCCUCCGUCGGCAACGCAUGGUCCGCCGUCGAUGCCGCCGCAGUUCGGCGGCAGCCGGCCCGGUCCCUCGCAGCCGCCGUCGUUGCCGGGCGGCCGGGACCGAUGCCCGCCCGUGCCCAGCACCAGCCGUCCCCUGCCGAGCCAGGACAGCGUGGCCAGGGAGUGGCCACCGGCUUCGUCAAGGGAAGUGGCCAAGGAGUGGCCACCCGCGCCGUCGAGGGAUGGGGGUAGGGAAUGGCCGCCCCCGCCGUCGAGGGAGGCGGUGGGCAACCCUCCACCGCUCCCUCCCUCGAGCAGCAAGAUGGGACCCCCAGCUGCCUUCCUGCACAGGUCUGAGAAUCCACCCACGCCGCCGUCACACAGGAACGGACCCCCCCCACCACUGCCCCCCUCCUCAAACAGGAGGAGCAGCGCGGCGCCUGCCAUCAAAUCGGAUCGCUUUGUGCCGAAGAUCCCCGACGGGCCCUCGCCUCCCUCCCUGCCUAAGCGGCAGAACUCGCUGCAGAUAAUGCCCCUGCGUGGAGGGGCGGUGCCUCCCCCUUUGCCCACGAGCACGAGGCCUCCGACUCCUGCCCGGGAUGCCCAGAGUCGCGGUGGCGCAGCUCAUGCAGUCGCGUCCAGCGCCUUCCCCCCUCCGCCGCCUCCCAACAGGAACGGACAGAUGAGCGCGCGCCCGGCACCGCCGGUGCCCACGACAGCGCGGCCCUACGCACCAGGGGACCAGCCUCCCCCGCCGCCCCCCCCCAGCAGGCCCAGCUCCAACUUCCCCUCCGCGGCUCCUCCGCCCCUGCCCUCUCGCAAUGGUCAUCUGAACUCGCCCACGUCAGAUGAUUUCGAAUCGAGAUUUCAUUUCCACCCCGUGUCCGACUUCCCCAUUCCCGAGCGCUUUCAGAACAUCCACAAGACGUAUCCCAGCCAGGCGAUGAGAAACGACUCCAUGAACUUGCGAUCGCACCCUCCACCCCUCCCGUCUCGCUAGCCGAGGCCCCGGCGUCUCGCUAGCCGAGGCCACGGGGGCUGGCUACAACUCGGGCCACCAGAGAGCGGCCUGGCGCUGCUGUGCCAGGCGUUGCACCGCUGGAGCUCGCGCGACUUGCCGUGACGGUGCUCCGCUCAGCUCGCACGCUAGGGGAGCACGAGAGGAGGGGAUCCGCUCACCGGCCCGCGGUGUUUUCGCGUCGAGCGAUGAGACGGCAGUAGCAGCAGCAGCAACGGAGCGGCAGCGGGGUGCGGUCGUGUGCCCGGGCUGCCUUGAAAUGCCCGGCCUGUGUAAAGGUGCCGCCCUGGGGUACAGACCUAGCUCAGACUCCUCAACUCCACGUGCCCAAAGUGCUAAACGUCACGUGCAUAAAUACCUCCAGUCACACGAGGCAUCUUGCUGCAUUGAGCACUUGAAAUCCGCUUUUUUGUUGUAUUCUUCUUACAUCUUCACAGCUCUUAAAAUGCCACUUUGUUUAAAACUGCGGCGUGCUUUUACGAGACACAGCACCGUUACGUAUAAGAGGGCGCGUUUCUCAGCCAACACAAAUGUCUAUGGUUGGUUUGUUUGUGCCUUACCAGUUGAGGUUUCUUCACCGACGUUUCAGGUGUUAUUGUACAUACAGUAUGCAGUCAUCCUACAGAGUUUACCUUGUAGUUUGCCCGUGGGCAUUUUCAAUUGAUCGUUUGCUGGUUUGCAGCCGUUUACAAAGAAACAUUGUUUAAAGUCGUAGAAGUAACUUGUAUGGAUACUUUGAAUGCUCUGUUAUGUAUGUUGACAUUUUCGUGAUUUUUUUAAUUUGUAACUCCUCACAUUUGUUGUUACGAAAGUACCAAAGGAAUGCAGUGGCCAUAUGUACUUAAAGUUUACAAUGGGCAGAUAUUUACAUUGAUGGAUUUCUUUUGAUAUAAGGAAGAAUUAAUUGAUAAAAUGGGGCACUUUUUUUGAAAUAUGCAUAAAAAUCAAAUAUGAGACAAGGUUAUAUGCAAAGUUCUUAAUUUCAGUCUUGGAAGUCAGUGGUCGUUAUGCCACGGUUACUCAAGAAGGUCAGACAAUUUCUGGCAGUAUAGGCUGCGUAUUUUAAAGGCAACUUUAUUUUACUUCAUUUGUAUAUUAUAUAUUUUACAGAGUUGAACUUAUUUG